AUAAACUUUGAAAACUGUAAUAGAAAAAAAUCACAGCUCCUUGUUGACUGGAAAUCGAAAUUAAAUGGUUAAAAAGAGCAAUAAAAAUGUAGCGAGAAAUGUGUGAAAGGAAGUAACGUUAUGUCAUAAGGUAGUGGUUUGGUGUAAUAUAAAGGAGGAUUUAGUAAUUUUAAGUAUUUAAAGUAGCCUACACAGCACUAAAUCAAUCUUUACAUGAAAACAUUAAUCAUGCUUCUGUACCAUGUAGACCUCUAGAUAAAAAUGUAGACCAAGAAAUCUAAUUAAAAUGAUUUUGUAUAUAGUUUUUUUCUCGACGUGAUGCUUCAGAAUACAUUUCACUUGCCGAAGUGCAAAAAAAAGUUUGCCUGACGACAACCGCUCCAAAAUCGAGAGAUUACGUUUGCGUUGCGUACUCCAGUCCUGUAGGUGGCGGAAAUGCACCGUUUAAGUUAGGUUAACAACCGCCAUAUAUGCCAAAAGAAGAAGAGAAUAGUUCCAGGAAGUCUGCAGGAAUACUCUGCAGCAAAACGUUUGUGAUGAACUUUUAUAAGAUCUUUUCACAGGGAUAUUCUGAACAGAAGAAUCACUGGAUAAAGUCUGGCUAAAAGCUCACAUUCUUGAAUGUUCAGGUGCAGACCAGGAGUCUCUGGAGAAAGUCAGGGGAAUCCCAAAGUUUUGUCAUCAGCGAAGUUGACUGAUAACCAAUUCUCACUCAGCUAUAGUUUUUCCCUUUAUGCUGCUAAUAUAAUUAUGUGAGCACAAAGAACCUGAGUUAGUAUCCACAAUGGUUGGCUGUACUGUAUUGGGAUGUUCCAAUCGCUCAGAGAAAGGUGUACGCAUGUAUGGUUUCCCCACUGACACAGAGAGAAGAAAAAAAUGGCUGGUUGAAGUCAACAGGUCCGGACAGGAUCUAAAUAUAACUAAAGAUUACAACAAUAAAAAAAUUUGUGAGGCACAUUUUGAGGCAGACCAGUUUGUCAAGACCAGAAGGGCCAAGAUUAGACUAAAACCAGAUGCCGUUCCCACACUCUUCGGCCGGUGUGCUGUGGUCAAAAAGAGAAGGGAAAUUGCACCACAAUGCACCCCUGAACCUACAAAAAUAGACCACGUAAAGCAAAAACAACACAUUGCUGCUGAUCACAGCUAUAGUUUUAAAGCUGAAAAAGGGAAGUCUUGCUCUUCCAGACAUGGUGACAUCGCUGACCCAUCGCAGCAACAGGCCAAAGAGCUCAGUGCAGCAUGUAAAGAUGCUCCAUCACAGGAACAGGCCAAAGAGCUCAGUGCAGCAUGUAAAGAUGCCCCAUCACAGGAACAGGCCAAAGAGCUCAGUGCAGCAUGUAAAGAUGCCCCAUCACAGGAACAGGCCAAAGAUCUAAAUGCAGCAUGUAAAGAUGCCCCAUCACAGGAACAGGCCAAAGAGCUCAGUGCAGCAUGUAAAGAUGCCCCAUCACAGGAACAGGCCAAAGAGCUCAAUGCAGCAUCAAAACAAAAGGAUGUUGAUGAUGCUUUGGUCGACAUGAUCAUCAAAGAUUCACAGCCAUUUUCAGUGGUGGAGGAUGAGGGAUUUAGGGCAUUAGUAAAGAAGCUUGACCCAGCAUAUGUGCUUCCUACAAGAGAUGGACUGAAAAUCAUGGUUGCUGCAAGGUACAGAAGAACAAAGAACUUGACAGGGUCAAAGGAAAUCAAGCCUGUUCUUUUGAAAUCUUUAAAUAAAAAUUCAUAACA